CAUCAUUAAGUGCCGCGUCGACGGCCUAGUAGUGCGACGUCAACACUCUGGUCGCCACUAGAGUGACUUCUUUUUCUCCUUAAUCUUGACUGUAGACUAUAACAUCUUCACAAUAAACCAAGACAUUAGCUUUCAAUCGACAUUAUCUCAACUACACGAUCAUUCUCGUCAUCAUCGAACUCGACUCGUGCAACUUCCUCCGCGGAACAUUGCAAACAUGGACUCCUCGCCCUCAGCCCUGAUCAAGUUUCUCCUUCCCAAAACACCGUUUUUAUUGAAGACGGCACUAUGGCACUCUAUAUCCAUGUCCCCAACGUCUUCGAAAUGGGACCUACGCACGGAAAUGACGGUCAACAUGCUUCGCGACAUGCUGGGCCCUAAUUCCACACCAACACCCAUCUCAAAGCUACAGCGUCUAACAUGCAAGGACCCAGGUGUCAAGGGAAAGGUCUGGGUCAGCAAGGUUCAACAGAGCGCACCAGAAGAAGACGAUGUACGGCAGAUGAUGUUCAAAGCUAUUGAAGAUAUGGGAACCGGGGAAGAGGCCUGGACGAAGCCUGAACAGCGGCCUUUGGAAGCAGAAUGGAACGGGUACCGCGCAGAUGCCAAGAACGAUGAGCCAGAACCCUCAUCCAUGAGCGAGGCAGAAAAGUACGAAAAUCUGGUAAAGGAAACGAAGAGUAAAGUCACAUUACUCUACUUCCACGGCGGCGCAAUGUACCUCCUCGAUCCAGCGACAUCGCGUCCCCUCACAGGCCGUCUCGCCAAAGAAACAGGGGGCCGCGUCUUCUCCGUUCGGUACCGCCUCUCGCCCCAAGGUCCUUUCCCCUCUGCGCUACUAGAUUGUUUCACAGCAUAUCUCACACUGCUCUCACCGCCACCCGGAUCCUUCCACGCGCCCAUCCCCGCCAGCGAAAUCGUAUUCGGGGGCGACUCAGCAGGCGGAACAUGCUGUACCGCCUUACUCCAACUACUCCUUCAAAUCCACCGGAGCACGCCCGCCGGCCAAACGCCCAGCGUCCGCUUCCACGGCAAAGACGUUGAGAUUCCCUUACCAGCCGGUCUUGCCCUGUCGUCACCUUGGAUGGAUAUAACGCGCAGUCUGCCCUCCAUCGAAGGAGGAGUCAAGUACGAUUACCUCCCUACGCCCAGCCAAGUGGAUUCCCGCGAGUUCCCCAAAGACGAUGGCGUGUGGCCCUCCAACCCGCCGCGCGCAGACCUUUAUUGCGAGGGUAGUGCAUUGAUGCAUCCGCUGGUGAGCCCUCUCGCUGCAAAAGAUUGGUCCAAAGCCCCACCGCUUUUCUUCUCUGUGGGCGAGGAGAUGUUGAGAGAUGAGGGGGCUGUUGUGGCUCAGCGAUGUGUGAAGCAGGGUGUGACGGUUGUGUGGAGAGACUUUGAGGCUAUGCCGCACUGCUUUGGCAUGCUGAUUGAGAGUAAUCCCGCUAGUGCCGUUCACUUUGAAGAAUACGCCGGGUUCUGCAGGGAUAUCGUUGAAGGUAAGAAGGUACAGAGCAAUGGUGUGUUUAUUAAAGCGAAGACCUGCGAGAGGAGUGACAUGGAUGUUACGAGUGGGUUGACGACGAUUACGGAUGAGGAGGUGGUGGGGUACAUGCAGAAAGGGAAAAACAGGAUCGAAACAAAGUUCAACAAGGGACAGGAUCCAUCUAGUGAGAGGCCUAUGCUCUGAGUGAGGGUGUGCACUUUUGUCGAUUCGAGUCGUUCCGCGGGUUUCGAAUAUUGGGGCGUUUCUUGCGGAUAGACUUUUUUUUAUGGGGAUAAUACAUCAAUUUCGAAUGUUUUCAUGGCUGCAUUAGUCAUACUUGUAAGAAUUUUAGAUGGUUAUGGUUCAAUAUCCCCUUCGCUUG